AUGAGGCUGACGCGGCUGCUGGCCAUGGCGGAGAAGCUGACGCCGCCCUGGGCCCCCGAGAUGAGCCGGGCGGGCCGGGCGCCCCGGAGGAAGAAGCCCGCGCCGGCGCCACCGCCCAUCCCGGAGGAGGACUGGCAGGUCUUCCGCGGAGACACGGUGGAGAUCCUGAGCGGGCGCGAGGCCGGCAAGCAAGGGCAGGUCAUCAAGGUGGACAAGGAGCAGCAGUCGGUGCUGCUGGACCGCCUCAACAUGGGCCACUACUAUGCGGACACCACGGAGGGCAGAGCCUUGUUUUCCCGAGAGAAGCCGCUGGCCUUGAAGGAGGUGGGCCUGGUGGACCCCGCAGACAGGCUGCCCACCGAAGUGGUUUGGCGCUACACAGAGCAGGGCGAGCGCGUGCGGGUCUCCCUCCGGACGGGCCGGAUCAUCCCCAAACCCGUCGAGCAGAGGGAGGACGGCAUCAUCCCUGAGCUGUGGGUCGAUGGCCCAAAGGACACCUCCAGCAAGGACGCCCUGGAGAAGACGUACACCCCGUCUUUGAAGACCUUUCAAGAGGAAAUUAUGGAGCGGAUGGGAAUCGUAGAGACACGGCGGCACAGGAAGUCGUAUUGGUAUUGAGGCUUCUCUGCUCCUCCCUUCUCCGGGGAGAGAGACGCAGCAGGAACCAGAGAGGUUCUGCAUUCACACAAGCGUUAACGGGCUGUCGUUUAUUAAAGGCUAAGAGGCAACCAAGAAUAAACAUCCUUUUA